AUGAAGAACCAAGAUCCCAGCCAAGUGUCGUCUCCUACGACAGAAAAGGUUCAACAUGACAUUACUUCAUCGUCGGCCCCUGUGGAGAGUCAUGUCAGAAGCUCAGAGGAGGUAGAGAAGCCACAGGGCAACUACAGCAGUCACUCGGAUGACGACGACAACGAUGAUGAUGACUCGAGCGACUCGUCGUCUGGCCACCACGGCUCGAGGCGAAGUUCCGUCGCCACUGCGAGAAUGCGGACGCUAUCACGGACCGCCUCGGACAUUCACGACGGCGUGGAGAAUCGGCGAGACUUGGAGAUUGGCCAGCCCAUGGAGCACAAGGUCACCACUACGGCCCCAGACCCAAACGACCCGGACCUGGUUACCUGGACCGGACCGGACGAUCCCGAGAACCCCAAGAAUUGGGCCUUUGGCAGAAAGUGGCUGACCGUAUUUGUCGUCUCCACCUUUACCCUCAUAUCGCCGCUCUCAUCGUCCAUGGUCUCGCCGGCCUUGACCACCAUUGGUGAAGAGUUUAAUGUACCCGCUGGAACGGAACAGGCCAUCAUUCUGUCUAUAUUUGUGUUGGCUUAUGCCAUUGGUCCCUUGGCAUGGGGACCAUUGUCUGAAAUUUACGGCAGAAUGCUCGUCUUGCAAACCACGAAUGUGCUAUAUCUAUUCUUCAACCUCGGCUGCGGUCUCGCCAAGACCAAGGGUCAGCUCAUCGCCUUCCGAUUUCUGUCCGGCCUGGGUGGUUCUGCCCCUUUGGCAAUUGGUGGCGGUGUUCUAGGAGAUCUGUUCAAUGCAGAAGAGAGAGGCAAAGCCAUAUCGCUCUACUCUCUCUGCCCUUUGCUUGGACCAGCCAUUGGUCCUAUCAUCGGUGCGUUUGUCACCCAAAACACAACGUGGAGGUGGACCUUUUAUGCGACUACAAUCGCAGAUGCUGCCAUUCAGAUCUCCGGCAUCAUCUUCUUGCGGGAAACCUAUGUGCCCGUCUUGCUUGCUUGGAAGAGAAAGAAGCUCGUCAAGGAGACUGGCAACGAGAAUCUCCACACGCCCUUUGACCAUCCCGACAGGACCUUGGCCAAGACAUUGCGCGUGGCUUUUGUGCGGCCCUUCCGCCUCUUGAGCACGCAAGUCAUCCUUCAGAUCCUUGCACUGUACAUGAUGUUCCUCUACGGGCUCAUGUAUAUUGUACUGGUCUCAUUUCCCAGCCUCUGGGCGACACCGGAACCGGAGGGUUACGGCGAGAGCCUCGGCAUCAGUGGUCUCAAUUACAUCUCACUGGGCGUUGGGUUUUUCUUGGGAGCUCAGGUGUGCGCACCGCUCCAGGAUCGCGUCUACGCCGGCCUCAAGGCCCGCAAUGGCGGCCCCGGCCGGCCAGAGUACCGAGUCCCCAUGAUGGUACCUGGUGCGGUCCUUGUACCAGUCGGCCUGUUCAUUUACGGAUGGACUGCUGAAUACAAGACUCAUUGGAUUGGGCCCAACAUCGGUGCUGCCCUCUUUGCUGCCGGUACAAUCAUUGGUUUCCAGUGCGUGCAGACGUACCUUGUCGACACAUACACUCGCUACGCCGCGAGCGCCGUCGGUGCGGCCACGGUCCUGCGAUCCCUCGCUGGCUUUGGCUUUCCACUCUUCGCUUCGAGUCUAUAUGAUCGGUUGGGUCUUGGAUGGGGUAACUCGCUGCUAGCAUUCCUGGCCAUUGCCAUUGGCUGGCCGAGUCCCAUUUUGCUUUGGUUUUACGGAGAGAAGUUGAGAAAGAGAAGUCCAUUUGCAGCUGGACAAUGA